AUGCACAGGACCGUGACCUUCCCGACCGCUGAAACGCCUGGCUCCGCCGCGGCCGCUCGGGUGAGGCCGGGCGCACAGCGUGCCUCUGAGAAGCCUGCGGUCACGGGGACCGUCCUCCUGCUCGCCUGGCGCGAGGGCCGCCUCGUGAGGGGCCCAGGUCCGAUCGCCCGCUCCCUGUUGCAGAGCGCGCUGGGCGUGCUGGUGAGCGGCGACGGGGCGCACCCGGAGGAGGGCCGCGACGACCCGGCGGGCGCCCUGCUCCUUCCAGGCAGGGAGGCGCUCGAGAGCGGCGCAGGCAGAGACGGAGCGGCGCCCGCCCCCGGAGACGAGCCGAGGGACCUUUCUCGAGUGGCUUUCCUGUCCAGGCCGCAAGAUCCUGUGACCCCGAAGAAUGAAGGGAAGAGGAAGAAAAGGAGGAAGGGGAAAGGGAGGAAGAGAGAUCCCUGCUUGCGGAAAUACAAAGACUUUUGCAUCCAUGGAGAAUGCAUGUACAUCAAGGAACUGAAGCGUCCAGCUUGUAGGUGCCAUCAGGGCUACUACGGAGAGCGAUGCCACGCGUUCAGCCUUCCAGUGGAAACCCGCCCGCACAGCUACGACCCCACGACGGUACUGGCCGCGACGGCGCUCGUGUUGUCCUCCUUGUGCCUGAUCAUCAUCGUGGUGUUGCUGAUGCUGAGGUGCCACCGGCAAGGGGGGUAUGAUGUCGAGAACGAAGAGAAAGUCAAGCUGGGCAUCACGGUCAACCACUGAGGCCUGCUGGGAUUGCAGGGAUUCAGCCGUGAAACAAGCUCUCCUUGCCAACCCAGUGGAUAAAAUUCUUUUUCUAGGCUACAUUUCAAAGUCAAAAUGGGAGUUUGCAUCAAUGGAAGCAAGCCAGGGAGCUGUCUUGGGAAAGCAAUUCAGCCUCUCCAAAUUGCAAGAACUCUCGUGAGAGGGAGAAACAUUUAUUUGGGCUUGAUCCUGAUGUGGAGCCGUAGCAGACUUUGCCUUACUGAAAGAAAAGAAAAGAAAAGAAAAGAAAAGAAAAGAAAAGAAAAGAAAAGAAAGUCUUCACAAGCAAAUAAAGAAAGAAGCAGCACUGUAGAUUUUUCAGACGCCUGAUGAGGAUUUAACUGUGAACAAUUUAGACUCUGCUGAAGAAAUCUAACUUUUGAACAUGGGGUGGGGUGAAACUAUUUAACAAAACGUUUCAUUUUAAAUUAUAUAUUUAUUUUAGAUACAAUGUACAUAUUAUUUAUUAGGGCUUUUUACUAUAGUCCUGAAAAAAGCAGAGAGACAGGAAGAUUGUGCAGUGUAACUUUCUAAUAAAUAACUCUUUGUUAUA